AUGCCCCACGCUGUCUGGCCAUGGUGGCUUGAGCCCCGCGCGUCAUCGGGCACGGUUGACUGCAUUGUCGUCUGGGGAGAGGCGGCGACCCAGGACCAGCCCUUCUGCGAUAGCAUCGAUCGAGCCCAUCGUGCGAUUUUCAACAAGAUCUCCGGCCUCGGGGUGGGGAGUGUAUCACGGGUUGAUCAUGCUGUUGGUGGGCUGUGGCCUCACGCUGAGUAA